UUAUGUAUUUCCAACAAAAAGGGAGGUUGCUACUCACAAAUUACAAAUGCUCUUUGUCACUUCUCAACCAAAUACAUAGCUAUUUGUUUCCUAUAUAUGAGAAAGAAGAAAAGCAUUGUAUUCCAAAAUCCCAAAAAUUCUCAUCUUUUUCUGAAAUUAACGAAAACAACAGUUUUUUCUGUGGGAAAAUGAGUGAUCUGAAGUCGAAGUUUUUGGGUGUUUACAAAGUACUGAAAUCUGAGCUUCUUAAUGAUCCAGAUUUCGAGUUUACUGAUGAUGAUCGUCAAUGGGUCGAACGGAUGUUGGACUACAAUGUACCUGGAGGAAAGCUGAACCGUGGGCUCUCUGUUAUUGAUAGCUACAGUUUGUUGAAAGAAGGGAAAGAACUAACCAGUGAGGAUAUCUUUCAAACAUCUUCCCUUGGCUGGUGCAUUGAAUGGCUUCAAGCAUAUUUCCUUGUUCUUGAUGAUAUAAUGGAUGGCUCUCAUACACGCCGAGGUCAAAAAUGCUGGUUCAGACUACCCAAGGUUGGCAUGAUUGCUGCUAAUGAUGGCAUACUUCUUCGCAACCACAUACCAAGAAUUCUUAAGAAGCACUUUAGAGGAAAGCCUUAUUAUGUUGAUCUUCUUGAAUUGUUUAAUGAGGUGGAAUUCCAGACUGCCUCUGGACAAAUGAUAGAUUUGAUUACCACACAUUUUGGAGAGAAAGAUUUAUCAAAAUACUCAUUGCCUAUUCAUAGGCGGAUUGUCCAGUAUAAAACUGCUUAUUAUUCAUUUUAUCUCCCAGUGGCAUGUGCACUUCUUAUGGCAGGAGAGAAUCUUGACAAUCAUGUUAAUGUCAAGAACAUACUCCUCGAAAUGGGAAUAUAUUUCCAAGUUCAGGAUGAUUACUUGGACUGCUUUGCUGAUCCAGAUGUAUUGGGUAAGAUUGGCACGGAUAUUCAAGAUUUCAAGUGCUCUUGGUUGGUAGUGAAAGCCCUAGAACACUGCAAUGAUGAGCAAAAAAAGUUAUUACAUGAGAACUAUGGAAAAGAUGACCCUGCUUGUGUUGCUAAAGUAAAGGCGCUCUACAAUGAUCUCAAACUUGAGGAUGUGUACCUGGAAUAUGAGAAGAGUACAUAUGAAAAGCUGAUCAACUCUAUUGAAGCUCAACCAAGCAAAGCAGUGCAAGCAGUUCUGAAGUCAUUCUUGGCAAAGAUAUACAAGAGGCAGAAGUAGGAGAUAGAAUUAUUUAACUUCAAUAUUUAAUGUUUAGAACUAUCUGUGCUUUUUUUCCCUACCGUAUGUUCGGUACCUGCUUGGAGCCCGACUAAUCCAAAUUUGUUCUAAGAGGCGGACUCAUGAU